CCUGCAAUUCGUCACAUCCUACAUUGCCGCAUUCGAGUCCAUCGGUAUCUACUUACCAAUAUCGGAAUGUGGUGGUCUACCUUUGUCAGGAAUUAUACUAUCCAGUUGGUGACGUCACUUCCGUCUGUCAGGCCGAUGGUAAUUGGAGUCAACCUACAGGGAGUUGUGAAGAAUAUACAGGAAAUUCAACACCUCCACCUGCAACCCCAGAAACGGGAAAUGCGACUACUCCGUCUUCGGGAACGGGUCAUGCCACUACACCGUCUUUGGGAACGGGUCAUGCUACUACACCGUCUUUGGGAACGGGUCAUGCUACUACACCGUCUUUGGGAACGGGUCAUGCUACUACACCGUCUUUGGGAACGGGUCAUGCGACUACACCGUCUUUGGGAACGGGUAAUGCGACUACUCCGUCUUCGGGAACGGGUAAUGCGACUACUCCGUCUUCGGGAACGGGUAAUGCGACUACUCCGUCUUCGGAAACGGAAAAGGUGACCACCCCAUCUUCAGGAACAGGAAAUUGGACCACUCCGACUUUGGGAUCGGGAAAUUGGACUACUUCGACUUCGGGAACGGGAAAUACAACUACUCCAUCGUACGGAAAAACAACUGUGUCUUCAAGGACAACACCAUCGACAGACGACACGAUCACAUUGCAAUGUGGUUAUUUCAGCAUGACAGUGACGAUCCCACUCACCCUCGUCGGCGGAACGAUGAACGGUGAGGACCUACAUCUCCUAGGCGAUGACGACUGCACGGGAAUGAUCUCUGAAGAUACUCGCUUCAUUAGUAUCGCAACUAACCUCACUGACUGCAAUAACGCAAUCACGGAGGACGAUGAACAUAUCGUUUACAGCAACACUGUCGUAACUCGGGAGAGUGAAGGCACAAUCACUCGACUCAAACAGGUCACUGUACCGUUCUACUGUUCCUACAACCGAUCUGAACAGGUGGGACUACGAUCCUACCGGGUCACCGAUUACCAACUUAAUUUUACCGAGGUUUCCACGGGACGUUAUAAAUUCGCACUGGAUAUCUUCAAAGACGACGAUUUCGAAGAGAAGUAUGCCGACUCCGAAUACCCUGUGGAUGUGAACCUUGACGAGGAGCUGUAUUUCGGUGCAUCGGUCCCUUCACAAGAUGGCGCCUUAGAUCUGUCAAUCAGAAGCUGCGUGGCUACACCAUCUGCCUCGUACAACGAUGAACAGUGGACCAUCAUCCGAGAUGGGUGUGCCUUUGAAACGUCGACUCACAUCGAUGAUGGCGCUCUUGGUUUUGUGGCUGUCACCAUAAAUACCUUCCGGUUCGUCGAGCUGGGGAAUAGGGUUUAUAUCCACUGCGACCUUUUGGUAUGCCAGGCAACCACCGGAAAUGAAACAUCGGAAUGUGACCCAGGUUGCGUCGGAUCUUCCGGAAACCGUGAUCGGCGAGACAUCGUAGAAAAAUACAGUCUAGACAAGAAGAGGAUCACCAAGGGACCUUUAAGAUUAAGAAGAAAUUCUUAUUUCAAUCCGUCCCUGAACGACAUGUUCAACUCCGAAGAGAAUCCAGCUUUCCAUUAUGACUUUAACCCCUGGAUCGUGGUGACCGUUGCCUUGGCAACUAUUUGCAUCAUCAUCGUCGUCAUGCUUUCCGUCAUGCUCCGGAAGAUGACUUCAUAUGCGCGUCGCAUGAAGCCAGUAUGUGUUGGCGACGAAGCAUGUGAGGCACUCCUGGGACUUAAAACAAAUCUUUAAAAAAGGGAACACGGAGACACAACAGCUGCUUUUUAAACAAAACGUUUAAUUCAUGUUAUGAAGCAAUUACGAUAUGUUGAUUAUGUGGUACAUACGAAUAGAUAUAGAUAUAGCUAUAUACUGUACGCAUAUCGAGUUAUCAAAAUUUAAAUAAGUCGACUCAAUCUUGUUUAUAUAAAAUCCCAGGCACUGCACACACGAAUGGGUAUAUGUAUGUGGGACUUCACACAUGUGCAUGAAAGUGUGCUCCACACUAUUCAGCCAUAAGUCUAAUUAUAAUUCGAUUUGAUGAGCGAUGACCCCCUUCAGGGUACAUUUCUAAUUAUUAUGAUGAUGACAUUCAAACUAGCAUAGUGUACAAAGAAUGAAAAAGAAAUGUAAAAAACUACGCCUUUUAUAGUAACAUGAUAAGAAUGUAUAAGGGAAAACAAAAUGUAAAUCUUCGAGCAACCAAAUAAAAAUUAAGUUUAUGUCAUGGGUAUUUUCAGGAAAUUAGUCCAUUAGUCGUGUUAUAACCAUGAAUAUAUUGGAUCAGUUUAAAUAUUCCUAUUCUUGCUCAUAAUUUGAAUAUGAUGGCAUUUGAUGAGAGAUAAUCCCCUUCAGGGUACAUUUCUAAUUGGAUGACAUUCAGAACAAGCAUAGUGAACAAAGAAUAACAAAUAAUUAAAAAGAAUAAGCCUUCUCUAGUGAUACGGUAAGAAUGUAUGAGAUAAAAACAAAAUAAAAAUCUUCGAGCAACCAAAUAAAAA